GGCGGGGAACUGGCCGGGCGGAAGAAGUUGAGCCCGAGGUAUUUCCGGUUCCGGUGUCAGUUCGAGGCGCCGCCGCCGCAGCCGCCGGAGCCGCGAUGCCUAAAGGAGGGAGAAAGGGAGGCCACAAAGGCCGGGCAAGGCAGUACACGAGCCCCGAGGAGAUCGACGCACAGCUCCAGGCUGAAAAGCAGAAGGCCAGGGAAGAAGAGGAACAAGGAGAAGAAGGUGGAGAUGGGGCUGCAGGUGACCCCAAAAAGGAGAAAAAGUCCCUAGACUCAGAUGAGAGCGAGGAUGAAGAAGAUGAUUACCAGCAAAAGCGCAAAGGUGUAGAAGGGCUCAUCGACAUUGAGAACCCCAACCGGGUGGCACAGACAACCAAAAAGGUCACACAGCUGGACCUGGACGGGCCCAAGGAACUUUCAAGGAGAGAAAGAGAAGAAAUCGAGAAGCAGAAAGCAAAAGAGCGUUACAUGAAAAUGCAUUUAGCGGGGAAGACGGAGCAAGCCAAGGCCGACCUUGCCCGGCUGGCGAUCAUCCGGAAACAGCGGGAGGAGGCUGCCAGGAAGAAAGAAGAAGAGAGGAAAGCAAAAGAUGAUGCAGCUUUGUCAGGAAAACGAAUGCAGUCGCUCUCCCUGAACAAGUAGCACGGCCUGUGGGAGGAGAUAGCAGGGAACUGGGCCGUGCUGCCAGGACCCCUGCCGUGUCUCACCCACCCUGUGCCCCGGCGCCACUGCAGCAGCCCCUCGCGGCGGGGAGCCCCCCACGGCUCCUCUUCAUCUUGGCACAGAAAUCGUUUGGGGGGAUGGUGGGUGGGGGGAGGGGGCAGCUGCUAUCUUUGAGACGGAAAGAUGCAGGACAGCAUUUCAUAUGUAACCAUUUGAAUGUUUUGGCUGUUUUUAGAAUUCAGAACCCUUGUUGGGGGGUGCCUGGGAGGUGGGGUAAGAAGAGCUUCCAUUUGUCUGGUAGAUUGCGGGGCAGGGGGCGGUUGAGCCGCAGUAGCUGCUGACAAGUUUGUGACGGACGGCCCCCUGUCUGUGUUGCCUGGGCGCCCGAUCAGGGGGCCUGUCGCCUGGGAGCCAGGCCCCUGGGUCUCUGAGGGUCAUGGCUCAUCCCCGGCCAGUCCCCUCUGACUGAGGCUUCCCCCCUGACCUUCCCACCCUACUCCCUACCCCCGACUCUGGCCAGGCCCCGGGCCCAUUCUUAACCCUGCCCAUGGAUCAUUUCAAGAAACCUGUUUACUGUGUAGCACCCAGGCAAAACAUGCUCCACAAGUCCAACUUGUAUAUUUGGCAAAUUAAACUUGACAUUAUCGUAA